AUGUCGCAACAAAUUGAUGCGAGGCAACGUUCGUAUGUGCAUUACUAUUGUCCCUGCCCUGAUGUGUCCAUAUCUAAUAAUACGGAAGAAGAGGAAGAGGAAGAUAUCGUAGAGUCUAUUCCCGACUUUGACGUUAACUCUCCUCGCGUUCAGUUUUCUACUUUCCCUAUAUCAAAAUUAUAUUUUUGUGAUGAUUGCCACCAAAUACGUUGUCCGAGAUGUGUACAGGAAGAAAUAGUUUGUUAUUAUUGCCCAAACUGUUUGUUUGAAGUGCCAACUGCUAGCGUAAAAAGUGAGAGAAAUAG